UGGACCCCAUAGGGCUCUUCGUGAUGCGACCCCAGGAUGGAGAAGUUGCUGUCGGUGGAAGCAUCACAUUCACUGCCAAAGUGGCAGGUGAGAGCCUACUGAAGAAGCCUUCAGUGAAAUGGUUCAAAGGAAAGUGGAUGGACCUGGCAAGCAAAGUGGGGAAACAUCUCCAACUGCAUGAUAGUUACGAUAGAAACAACAAGGUGUACACCUUUGAAAUGGAAAUCAUAGAAGCAAAUAUGACUUUUGCAGGAGGGUAUAGAUGUGAGGUGUCUACCAAGGACAAGUUUGAUAGUUCUAAUUUCAACCUGACUGUCAAUGAAGUACCAUUAACUGGAGAUUUGGAUAUUCGCUCUGCCUUCCGGCGCACUACUGAAGGACAUGAAGAAACUGGAGAGUUGAAUUUUAGUGCCUUACUGAAAAAGAGAGGUGAAGCAAAAUCUGAAUCCCAGCCUGAUGUUGAUGUUUGGGAAAUCCUGAGGAAGGCUCCUCCUUCUGAAUAUGAGAAAAUUGCUUUUCAGUAUGGUAUCACAGAUUUGCGUGGGAUGCUGAAACGUCUCAAACGUAUAAAGAAGGAAGAGAAAAAAAGUACAGCAUUCCUCAAGAAACUGGAUCCAGCUUACCAAGUGGACAAAGGACAGAAGAUUAAAUUAAUGGUUGAAGUUGCCAACCCAGAUGCUGAUGUGAAAUGGUUGAAGAACGGACAGGAGAUCCAAGUGAGCGGCAGAUACAUUUUUGAAGCUGUUGGAAAUAAGAGAAUAUUGACCAUAAACCACUGCUCUCUGGCUGAUGAUGCAGCAUAUGAAUGUGUGGUAGGUGAGGAGAAGAGCUUCACAGAAUUAUUUGUAAAAGAACCUCCAAUUCUGAUCACUCACCCACUGGAGGACCAGAUGGUUAUGGUUGGAGAGAGAGUAGAGUUUGAAUGUGAAGUAUCUGAGGAAGGAGCAACUGUGAAAUGGGAAAAGGAUGGAAUUGAGCUGACACGGGAAGAAACCUUCAAAUAUAGAUUUAAGAAAGAUGGAACAAAGCACUAUCUAAUUAUUAAUGAGUCAACCAAGGAGGACAAUGGACACUACACUGUGAAGACCAAUGGUGGACAAUCAGUCGCUGAGCUAAUAGUACAAGAGAAAAAGCUGGAAGUUUACCAGAGCAUUGCGGACCUGACAGUGAAGGCACGUGACCAGGCAGUCUUCAAAUGUGAAGUUUCCGAUGAGAAUGUGAAAGGAAUCUGGUUGAAAAAUGGAAAGGAGGUGGUUCCAGAUGAAAGGAUAAAGAUCUCUCAUAUUGGCAGAAUCCAUAAGCUAACUAUUGAGGAUGUAACACCAGGUGAUGAGGCAGACUAUUCCUUCAUUCCUGAGGGAUUUGCUUACAAUCUUUCUGCCAAGCUCCAGUUUUUGGAGGUCAAGAUCGAUUUUGUACCAAGAGAAGAACCUCCCAAAAUCCACCUUGAUUGUCUGGGCCAGUCCCCUGACACUAUUGUCGUGGUGGCUGGGAACAAGUUGAGAUUGGAUGUUCCCAUAUCAGGAGAUCCAACACCUACCAUCAUCUGGCAGAAAGUAAACAAGAAAACUGACCUUAUCCUAAACAAUGAUGAUUCCAUGAUAACCUCAGAAAACAGUGGUGAUUUAAAUACUGAUAGUAAGCUUCUGUUUGAAUCUGAAGGCAGAGUUCGUGUGGAGAUGCAUGAAGACCACUGUGUCUUCAUCAUUGAAGGAGCGGAAAAGGAGGACGAGGGAGUAUACAGAGUUAUACUUAAGAAUCCAGUGGGAGAAGAUAAGGCUGAUAUCACAGUCAAAGUUAUUGAUGUUCCUGAUCCUCCAGAAGCCCCCAUGAUCAGCAACGUUGGAGAAGAUUACUGUACGGUGCAGUGGCAACCCCCUAAAUAUGAUGGUGGGCAACCAGUGCUAGGCUAUAUUUUAGAGAGGAAGAAGAAGAAGAGCUAUCGAUGGAUGAGACUGAACUUUGACCUUUUAAAAGAGCUAACCUACGAAGCCAAGCGAAUGAUUGAAGGAGUGGUUUAUGAGAUGCGGAUUUAUGCUGUGAAUUCUAUCGGCAUGUCCCGGCCGAGCCCUCCCUCACAACCCUUCAUGCCAAUUGCUCCCCCAAGUGAGCCAACCCACUUCACAGUAGAAGAUGUGUCUGACAGCACCGUUUCUUUGAAGUGGAGACCCCCUGAACGGAUUGGAGCAGGGGGGUUAGAUGGCUAUAUUGUGGAAUACUGCAAAGAUGGAUCUACAGAAUGGAUUCCAGCUCUUCCUGGCCUAACUGAACGUACAACUGCAGUGAUUAAAGACCUGGUCACAGGCGACAAACUUCACUUUCGUGUAAAGGCUAUAAAUCUGGCUGGUGAGAGUGGAGCAGCAAUAAUCAAAGACCCUGUUACUGUUCAAGAGAUUCUGCAGCGUCCCAAAAUCUGGCUGCCACGCCAUCUCAGACAGACUCUGGUGAAGAAAGUGGGCGAGACGAUCAAUAUUGUGAUCCCUUUUCAGGGUAAACCUAGACCCAAAGUCAUUUGGAUGAAAGAUGGUCAAAUGCUAGACUCCAAGGAUGUGGGAAUUCGAAACAGCAACACAGACACAAUCCUCUUUAUUAGAAAGGCAGAGCUUCAUCAUUCAGGAGCAUACGAAGUCAUUCUUCAAAUAGAAAACAUGACUGAUAAAGUCAGGAUAACGAUUCAAAUCAUAGACAAGCCUGGCCCACCUCAGGAUAUAACUCUUGUGGAUGUGUGGGGAUUUAAUGCUGCCCUGGAGUGGAAACCUCCACAAGAUGAUGGUAACGCACAGAUCUUGGGCUACACAGUCCAGAAAGCUGACAAAAAGACAAUGGAAUGGUAUACUGUUUUUGACCACUAUCGUCGCACGAACUGUGUAGUGUCAGACCUGAUUAUGGGAAAUGAGUAUUUUUUUCGAGUCUUCAGUGAAAAUUUGUGUGGAUUGAGUGAAACUGCUGCAACCACCAAAAAUCCUGCCUAUAUUCAAAAAACAGGCACCACUUAUAAACCACCUAGUUACAAAGAACAUGACUUCUCUGAACCGCCUAAAUUCACUCACCCCUUAGUGAACCGUUCUGUGAUAGCAGGAUAUAACACCACACUCAGCUGUGCUGUACGAGGAAUCCCUAAGCCAAAGAUAUUCUGGUACAAAAACAAAAUGGAUCUGUCUGGGGAUGCCAAAUAUCGCAUGUUCAGCAAGCAGGGUGUGCUGACCCUGGAGAUCCGUAAACCAACUCCAUUUGAUGGUGGUUUUUACACCUGCAAAGCUGUUAAUGAGUGUGGUGAAGCUGAAAUAGAGUGCAGACUGGAUGUCAGAGGCAAGAGUAUUGUUUUAAAAGCAAGCGCGACUAUCUACAGAACGGCACUCGAGCAUUUAACUCGCCCAACCCAAGCCCGCGCUCCGCUUUGCGAGGGGCGCCUUAGUGCCAACGGUCGGCGGGGCACGAGCCCCACCCAGCGCCCGGCCGCGGGCGGCCUCGGGCCCUCGGAGCGGGUGGCGCGAGGGGACGCGCUGCUGCUGUUGGCCUCGGGCUCUCGUGGCGCGUGUAAAGGCCGGACAAGAUAG